CCCAACAACAAGUGAGAGAGAGAGAAAGAGAGAGAGAGGGGUUUUGGAGGUGUGAUUCAAUGGCGGCAGAUUUGGUAUUGGAUACAGCGAUCAGAGAUUGGGUGCUGAUCCCAUUAUCGGUGGUGAUGGUUCUCAUCGGAGUCCUUCGUUACUUCGUCUCCAAGCUCAUGCGUUCUUCUCAGUUGCCCGAUGCCAAAAUCGUCAAAGAAGGGCAGGUUAUUAUUAGGGCUAGAAAUCUACGGGCCAGCGCGAAUUUCAUUCCAUCUAAGUCGUUUCGAGCUCGAAAGGCUUACUUCGGCAAUGAGGAAAAUGGGUUACUUUUUGUCCCCAAGGGCCAGGCUCAGAAUGCACAGGCACAAAUGUUUUCUGAUCCAAACAUGGCCAUGGAUAUGAUGAAGAAAAAUCUUUCAAUGAUCAUACCCCAGACUCUUACUUUUGCCUGGGUUAACUUUUUCUUUUCCGGAUUUGUAGCAGCCAAGAUACCUUUUCCACUGACUCAGAGGUUUAGGUCAAUGUUGCAAAAUGGUAUUGACUAUAGCACCAUCGAUGUUAGCUAUGUCAGUAGUCGCUCAUGGUAUUUUCUCAAUAUGUUUGGACUAAGGGGUUUAUUUAGUCUCAUUUUGGGGGAAGAAAAUGCCACGGAUGAUACACAGCGUAUGAUGCAAAUGAGUGGAUUUGGCUUCGAUCCUUCCAAGAGUUUGGGUGCUGAGAAAGACGGUCUUGACAUAAUUCAGCAUGAAUGGGCCCUACCAAAAUUUGAGCAGCGAGCUGAAGCAACGUUGAGAAAACUCAUAAGCUGAUUACUGAUAUGCAGCACGUAAUUUCCUACCCGAAAUGAUUUUGCACCAGUUUUCAUGCUUUCUUCCAUCUUGGUGAAACUGUUAGACCAGCAAUGAAGGUACUGACAACUUGGACUCUACCAUGUAUUGUAUACUACCAGCAUUGUGGAACUCGGCUUUGAUUAGUAGCAUUCCAUCUUGAAUUUAUUCUGAUCAGAAAUACUUUUUUUCUAGCAUUCUGAUUGUAGUAACUUUAUUCAAUGGCGCCCUAAUUUUCAGACUUUAAAAGGGGAUGUUUGAUUUACAGUUCCCCAUGUUAAACUGCAAUGGUAUGCCAUCUGAAUUCUCUAGCAAAUUUGAAACUAGAGUGCCAUAUUGGAUUGAUGUUAGUUGACUAGCAUGACA